AUGGAAGAAGUUAUAAUUGCUGCUGUGUAUAAAAGGGAACCACUUUGGAAUCAGUCAAAUAAACACCACAAGAACGUGAUAGUUCUAAAAAAGUUAUGGGAAGAGGUUGCAGAAGAAGUAAACAUAGAUGAUAAGAUUGUGCGUAUGAAAUGGAAAAAUCUACGAACAUAUUUUUUUCGAGAGAUUCGGAAAAUGGAAGACCCAAAGAGUGGGGAUGGAGGAAGAAUUUAUUCCGCUUCUACUUGGAAAUUUUUUGAACAAAUGAUGUUUAUGAAAGAUAGUGUUGCGAAAUUGCAAAGAGAUACAAAUUUUGAUAUGGAAUCAAUUACUUCUGAUUGUAAUGAACUUUCAGGAUCUCCGGAGAUAAUUUAUUUGAGAGAAACUGCGGUGCAGUCUUCUAACAUGACACAUACAACCAAAAAAAUUAAAACAUCUCAUGAUCACCAUGAUGAACUCGCCCAGUUAGAGAAAAAGAUUCAAUCAUUAGAGAAAGAAAGUCUUCAAGAGCAGGACGAAGAUUUGUUAUUCUUUAAAAGCCUAAUUCCUUACAUGAAGAAAAUACCACUUCGAAAGAAACUUAAGUUACGUUCAAUUAUACAGGAUGCCAUUUUAGAACAUAUACCAUGGGAUAGUAAUGAGGACUGGGAUUCUGAAGCGCGGAGCAUUUGUAAACAGGAGAUGCCCUAA